AUGUUAAUAAAAGUAAAGACAUUAACCGGUAAAGAAAUAGAAAUUGACAUUGAACCGACUGAUAAAGUGGAACGGAUCAAAGAGAGGGUUGAGGAAAAAGAAGGCAUUCCACCUCAGCAACAGCGGUUGAUAUUUUCAGGCAAACAAAUGAAUGAUGAAAAAACUGCCCAGGACUACAAAGUUCAGGGUGGUUCAGUUCUCCAUUUGGUAUUGGCUUUACGAGGUGGCAAAUGA